AUGGAAGAGUUCGAAAUAUUAGAUUUUCAUGAAUUAUAGCAAGAAUAGGAAGGAAUUGAUAAGACUGCAAGAUUUUUAUAAAAGAAGAUAUAAAAUGGUUUCAAAGUCAGUAUAGUGAUUAAAAAAUAACAUAAAUUUGCAUUGGCUCCUUUGCAAUAAAAGAAAAAUGAUUUAUUUUCUAAACAACACAAACCUAUGGAUAUAGUAUAACUAAGCAUAAUAAUAGAUUAGUUAAAGUUCUGAGCAAACUGAGAAUAAUGAUAAACAAGGUUCUUCAACGUCUUCGCAUUCUAGUGUCAAAAUGAAAAACAAAUUUACUAUCCCUCCAACCCAAAAUGAAACUCCUGAAUAGAAUCAGGAUGAAUAAAGGACUGAAAAAUCUGAUGACGAUCAAAUUUCCUUAUAUUCUAACUAAAUUAACAAUUUUGAAUAUUUGCUGAAGGACAAUUUAUUGAGUCAAAAGAUUCAAAUUGGGUUGUCAUUUAUGAGAGAUGGUAAUUCCAAAAUGGCUCUGGAAAAGAUGAUGGAUGCAUAUAGAGAGGGAAAUGAGAAAUUAAAAUAAUGCCAGGAUUAAUAGUAGAUUUCUGUAUUAAUUAUAAUCUGCAUUUAAUCACUGUGUUAUGCAUCUCAACUUUUAAUGGAGUUUGGACAAUUCAGUGAGUCUUAAAAGUAAUAAUGAAAAUUUGAAUUCUAGAUGUUUAGACAAAUGUUUAAAUUAAUUCGAAAUCAAUGACUUUGAUUUAAAAUGCAAAAUAUAUAUUGCAAAGGCAUAAUGCAACUUAUUCAAUAAUUAAUAUUUGUAGUGUCUAGAUAAUUAUACUAAGGCAUUAAUCUAAUAUGAAUAAGUUAACUGGAAGUUGGAAGUUGCAAAAUUAUUAAUUAAAAUCUCGUUUGUUUAUGCUUUGCUAAGUAAUCUAUUUAUACUAAAAAAACAGAUGAUUUUGUUGAUGCCAAGAAGAUCUGCUAUGAAGGCUUGUCAAUUUUGCAGAGUAAACUCAUCAAUUCUGAUUCAAGAAUAUACGAUGCCUAUUAUACUUUGGGAUGUAUUUACUAUCUUGAAAAGGAAUACGAUUUCGCCUUGGAAUACUUGGAUCAAUCCAAAGAGGGAUUCAUUAAAUUGUAAUAAAAUCAUCACAAUAUCAAUUUCAAAUAGAUACGGUGAAAAACAUUAAAUCAUCAUCAAGAUUCUCAAUUUAUAGGGUGUGAUCAACCAUCUCUAAGGAAAUAGCAUUAAUGCCAUGGAACUCUAUGAAUAAAUCGUUUGCUUGUAUGGGUAUGUUGACAAUUCCAAAUUUAUAGGGACUCCUAAAAUAUUGGAUUAGCAUUAGUAUUGAACAACCUAGCAUUGGUAUAUUUGGAUAGAAUGAAAUUUAAGAGUGCAAAAUUGUCUUUUGAAAAGUCCAUUGCUAUUUUGAAAGGAUUUAUCAAUGAAUAACAUCCUACUUUUCAGAGAAUCGAGAAGAAUAAGAAACUUGUUGUUGCAGCUACUUUAUCUUAUCUAUGA